AUGGAUCGAUAUCCAACCAUCACCAUGUCAGUGCUGCUUCUAUACAUCUUCCUCAGCACCGCAGCCCUUAACCUACCAGCCAUGGCUGCCGGAGAAGAUGAGUUCGUCUUCUCCGGCUUCAAGGGGGCCAACAUCACCGUGGACGGCGUCGCCACGGUGACCCGGAACGGCCUUGUCGAUCUGACCAGUGGCCAGGAGACUCUCAAAGGCCAUGCAUUCUACCCUGCUCCGCUACGGUUCCGUGAGGAGUCCCCCAACGGCAACGGCACGGCGGUGAAAUCCUUCUCCGUCUCAUUCGUGUUCGCCAUCUACCCCAACUACCGGCCCAGCCAGGGCAUGGCCUUCUUCAUCGCCAAGAGCACCGACUUCUCCUCCGCCCUCCCUACGCAGUGGUUCAGCGUCUUCAACAGCGCCAGCCAGGGCAACUCCAGCAACCACAUCUUCGCCGUCGAGCUGGACACCGUCAACAACAGGGACCUGCACGACAUCGACGCCAACCAUGUCGGGAUCAACGUCAACAGCGUCGUCUCUAACAAGUCCACCACCGCCGGCUUCUACGACGACGAGACCGGCUCCUUCAACGCCUUGAACCUCACCAGCGGCGAGAGGCUGCAGCUCUGGGUAGACUACGAGAGGGAGGCGACGCGAAUCAACGUGACCAUGUCUCCGCUGGGCAUGGCCAAGCCAGCAAGGCCGCUCGUCUCUGCCAUCUACGACCUCUCGACGGUGAUCACCGAGGACGCGUUCCUUUGCUUCGGCUCCUCGGCCGGCAGGGACGGCAGCCGCCACUACAUACUUGGCUGGAGCUUCUCUUCAUCAGGGGGGCCUGCGCCGGCCAUUGACAUCCGGAAACUGCCACCGUUGCCUCGUCUUGGCCCCAAGCCUCGGUCCAAGGCCCUGGAGAUCGUGUUGCCAUUAGCAACGGCCACUUCUGUCCUCGCCGUGGGAGUCACCAUUUUCCUGCUCGUGCGAAGGCAUCGGAGGUACGCCGAGCUGCGAGAAGAUUGGGAGGUUGAGUUCGGGCCUCACCGGUUCCCGUACAAGGAUCUCUACCAUGCCACACAAGGGUUCAAGAACAAGAACCUGCUCGGGGUUGGCGGCUUCGGGAGAGUGUACAAAGGGGUGCUGCCGAAAUCAAAACUUGAGAUAGCCGUCAAGAGGGUGUCGCACGAGUCCAAGCAAGGCAUGAAGGAGUUCAUCGCUGAGGUCGUCAGCAUAGGACGGCUCCAACACCGUAAUCUCGUGCACUUACUCGGCUACUGCCGGCGAAAAGGCCAACUGUUUCUGGUGUACGACUACAUGCCCAACGGAAGCCUUGACAAGUACUUGUACCAUCGUCGUCAGGACGAUGACAACAAGCUGCAGCCUGCUCUGAACUGGGCUCAAAGGUUUAAGAUCAUCAGAGGCGUCGCAUCUGGAUUGCUCUACCUUCACGAGGAGUGGGAACAAGUUGUCAUCCACAGGGAUGUCAAAGCAAGCAACGUGCUCCUUGAUGCUGAAAUGAAUGCCCGGCUAGGUGAUUUUGGCCUUGCACGUUUGUACGACCAUGGCGUCGAUCCACAGAGCACGCAUGUGGUUGGCACCAUAGGAUACCUAGCUCCCGAGCUAGCAUGCACCGGAAAGGUAACCCCUCUUACCGAUGUGUUUGCGUUUGGCAUAUUCAUCCUUGAAGUCGUCUGUGGACAACGGCCAAUCAAGCAAGAUGCACGAGAAAAACAUCCCAUGUUAGUUGAUCGGGUUCUUGAGCAUUGGCACGGUGGAUCACUCCUCGACACGGUGGACGUUGAACUGCAUGGCGAGUAUGAUGUAAAUGAGGCAAACUUAGCACUCAAGCUUGGACUAUUGUGCUCGCACCCAUUCAUGGACGCUAGGCCUACCAUGCGCCAAGUAAUGCAGUACCUUGACGGUGACCGCACAGCACCAGAGCUAUCAUCACCAGUGGACACCAACUUCGAGAUGCUCGCUGCAAUGCAAAACGAAGGUUUUGACCCAUCCAUCCUUGCGUACUCUUUGUGCCUCAUGAUCCUCUCCCUUGGCCCCGACCAUGUAGCUCUCUGCACUGCGCAGGCGCAGUCGUUCGUCUACUCCGGCUUCCGGGGAGCAGAUAUCACCCUCGACGGCUCCGCCAUGGUCCAACCCGGCGGACUCCUCCAGCUGACCAACAGCUCCGACAUCAUAGGCUACGCGUUCCACCGGGCUCCCUUGCGCUUCCGUCACGGCGCCGGCGGCACGGUGCGAUCCUUCUCGCUCUCCUUCGUGUUUGCCGUCCAGUCCGAGUUCGACAAGGAGAGCAGCGGCGGCAUGGCCUUCUUCGUCGCCCCCGGCAGGAACUUCUCCGGCGCCAUGCCAGGCAGUUUCCUAGGCCUCUUCAACGCCUCGACCAACGGCCGCCCCGACAACCGCAUCUUCGUGGCCGAGCUCGACACCUUUGGCAACGGGGAGUUCAAGGACAUAGACAGCAACCAUGUCGGCAUCGACGUCAACGGGCUAAUCUCCGUUGAAGCCCACACGGCUGGUUUCUAUGAUCACAAGACUGGUAGCUUCACAAACUUAUCUCUGAAUAGUGGAGAUCCGAUGCAACUGUGGGUCGAUUAUGAUGCACAGAUCACACAGGUCGUGUCGACCUUGGCUCCCCUCGGCGCUGCCAAACCUCGCAGGCCAUUGUUUACAGCCACCACCAACCUCUCCGAUGUGCUCGAGGACCCAUCUUUUGUUGGCUUCUCGGGUGCAUCCGGCUCACUCAGCACGCUCUACUCCGUGCUUGGUUGGAGCUUUGGCCUGGAUGGCCCUGCCCCGGCAAUCAACAUCACAAAUUUGCCCAAGUUGUUCCGUGGUCGUCAGGAGGUUCGAUCUAAAGUCUUGCAGAUCGUCCUUCCGAUUGCCACCGCAGUGUUCAUCGCGGCCGUGGGAACCGCCAUCACCCUUCUCGUACGAAGGCAUCGGAGGUAUGCCGAGCUACGGGAGGAUUGGGAGGUGGAGUUCGGGCCACAUCGCUUCUCGUACAAGGACCUGUACCAUGCGACGGAAGGAUUCAAGAACAAGAACCUCCUAGGCGAAGGAGGCUUUGGGAAAGUAUACAAAGGAGUACUCCCGGUAUCCAACUUGGAGGUAGCCGUGAAGAAAGUGUCCCAUGAGUCAAGGCAGGGGAUGAAGGAGUUCAUCGCCGAGGUCGUAAGUAUUGGUCGCCUUCGACACCGCUACCUAGUGCAGUUGCUUGGUUAUUGCCGGCGUGAACAUGAGCUCAUUCUGGUGUAUGAGUACAUGCCGAAUGGCAGUCUUGAUAAGUACCUGCAUUGUGGAGAGGACAAUCCGACACUUGACUGGACCCAGAGGUUUGGGAUCAUCAAUGGGAUAGCAUGUGGCUUGUGGUAUCUACACGAGAAAUGGGAAAAGGUUGUCAUACAUAGAGACAUAAAAGCAAGCAAUGUGCUCCUUGAUGGUGAAAUGAAUGGACGGCUCGGUGAUUUUGGCCUGGCAAGGUUAUAUGAUCAUGGUACCGACCUACAAACCACACAUGUGGUUGGCACCAUGGGUUACCUAGCCCCAGAGUUGCUACGCUCGGGCAAGGCUUCUCCUCUUACAGAUGUUUUUGCCUUCGGCACAUUCCUUCUUGAGGUAGCAUGUGGACAGAGACCCAUUAAGCAAGACUCCAAAGACGAACACAUCAUGCUGGUGGAUUGGGUACGCGAGCAUUGUCACAAUGGAACCCUCUUGCAAACUGUGGACACAAGGCUUCAUGGUAACUAUGACAAGGACAAGGCCAACAUGGUGUUGAAGCUAGGGCUUUUGUGCUUGCAUCCGUUGCCCAGUGCGAGGCCUAGCAUGAAGCAAGUCAUGGAGUACCUCGACGGAGAGACCGCACUGCCGGAGAUGGCACCCACACAUAUCAACAACGUCAAUAUGAUGCAAAUCAGAGGAUUUCCCGACCUAACGACGAGCAUCGGCACAUUCUCUGGUCUCUCAGGGGGGCGAUGAUGACCUAGGAUGUUUGUGUUGUUUAAUAUAAUUCUGAUUUAUUAACGUGUACUUGCAUAUGAAGGAACGGUGGUGUAUGUUAUAUCUGAGUGCUUGUAUGGAAA